AGGCGUUCCCUGGCCGCUUCCCGGCGCCCGCUUAAAGGUCCGGCACCCGGGAGGGGAGGCGUGGGCGUGGAGACCAGGAAGGAGCAUCGGGGCCAGCUGCCGGUGCAAGCCUCUUGCACAAGCGCCACAAGGACGUGGGCAGGCCAAGAACCUGCUGGUCGCUGCGUCACUUAAGGACGUACAAGCCCCUAGACCAGCGAAGGGACGGCGAACCCCAAACCUCAAGACCAGCGAAGGGACGGCGAACCCCGGACGCACCCUCCAGAGAUAAACGGCACUCAGCUGAGUUCCCAAGACCGAGAGGAGUUGGAGUGAUUAGAAAUUGAUUCACUUGUAAAGGUUUAGUGAAGUCAAAAUGUCUCAAAAAAUCCAUGGCGGUUCAGUGGUCGAGAUGCAAGGAGAUGAAAUGACACGAAUCAUUUGGGAGUUGAUUAAAGAAAAGCUCAUUUUUCCUUAUGUGGAACUGGACCUGCACAGCUAUGAUUUAGGCAUAGAGAAUCGUGAUGCCACCGAUGACCAGGUCACCAAGGAUGCCGCAGAAGCUAUAAAGAAGUACAACGUUGGCGUCAAGUGUGCCACCAUCACCCCCGAUGAGAAGAGGGUUGAGGAGUUCAAGUUGAAACAAAUGUGGAAGUCGCCCAAUGGCACCAUCCGAAAUAUUCUGGGUGGCACUGUCUUCAGGGAAGCUAUUAUCUGCAAAAACAUCCCCCGGCUCGUGAGCGGAUGGGUGAAACCCAUCAUCAUAGGUCGUCAUGCGUAUGGGGAUCAGUACAGAGCAACUGAUUUUGUUGUUCCCGGGCCUGGAAAAGUAGAGAUAACCUACACGCCAAGUGAUGGAUCCCAAAAAAAGACAUACGUGGUGCAUAACUUUGAAGAGGGUGGUGGUGUUGCCAUGGGGAUGUACAAUCAAGAUAAGUCAAUCAAAGAGUUUGCACACAGUUCUUUCCAGAUGGCUUUAUCCAAGAGUUGGCCUUUGUACCUGAGCACCAAAAACACUAUUCUGAAGAAAUAUGAUGGGCGUUUUAAAGACAUCUUUCAGGAGAUCUACGACAAGCAGUACAAAUCCCAGUUUGAGGCCCAGAAGAUCUGGUAUGAGCACAGGCUCAUCGAUGACAUGGUGGCCCAAGCCAUGAAGUCGGAGGGAGGCUUCAUCUGGGCCUGUAAAAACUACGAUGGCGACGUGCAGUCCGACUCCGUGGCCCAAGGUUAUGGCUCUCUCGGCAUGAUGACCAGCGUGCUGAUUUGUCCAGAUGGCAAGACGGUGGAAGCAGAGGCUGCCCACGGGACUGUGACACGUCACUACCGCAUGCACCAGAAGGGGCAGGAGACGUCUACCAAUCCCAUUGCUUCCAUUUUUGCCUGGACCAGAGGGUUAGCCCACAGAGCUAAGCUUGAUAACAACAAAGAGCUCGGCUUCUUCGCAAAGGCUUUGGAAGACGUCUGUGUUGAGACCAUCGAGGCUGGCUUCAUGACCAAGGACCUGGCUGCUUGUAUUAAAGGUUUACCCAACGUGCAGCGUUCUGACUACUUGAAUACAUUUGAGUUCAUGGACAAACUCGGAGAAAACCUGAAGAUAAAACUAGCUCAGGCCAAACUUUAAGGUUGUUCCUCGGCGUAGGAGGACAAGUGUUGUUUUUUUUUUUUGGUAACUAGGUCCACUGGUUUACAUUUUUCCGUAUAACACUCAAGGGAAGGGCAAAAUCAAUUUUGUAAUUUGUUUAGAAGUCAGAGUUUAUCUUUUCUAUAAGUUUACAGCCUUUUUCUUACACAUCCAGUUAUGCCACUUCAAGAAUGUGGCUGGGACUUUUUAAAUUUAAAAUUUAUUUUCUACUAAUAGCUUAGGAAUUACUUUAGCAUUGAUUCGUACCCCAUCACUUUUUCUCGUGUUCCGAAAUAAAUGACCAAAAUGAAGAGUGCUGGAAUUAAACGAGAGCCACAGUUUUGGUCCCUAAAAGUGUGUAAAGUGGAAAUUCUCUCCCUACCCCACUCUCCACGGCCUGGGCUCCGGGUGCUGUUGGUAUAACAGGUGUCCCAGCAUGUGAGGUCCAGCCGUACCUCAAACUUUCAAACUUGCGCAAGAAUUGUAACGAAGAGCGUGGGUGCAGCUAACGCGUGUUGAAGACAUAGCAGUCACUUGUGUAAAGAGCUCCAACGGAAUGUUUCGAAAUGUUGAAUGUUUUUGAGGCCGAUAGAGAGUUCAGAAUCCAGCAUAAAUACUCCCCGGGGGCUUGUCCUCUGUGCUUGUCUCCUCCUCCUGGCCUUCGGGGCCUACUCGUUAUGCUGCCCAGAACAGCGCCUUUUAUUCAAGUGCAAUAAUACGAGCUGCACCUUUUGGGGAUUUCUGGCCUUUUUUUAUUUCCUUUAUGUAAAUGUGAUUUUUCAGAAGUUGAUUGUAAACACUAUUCUAGUCUGUUCUUCCUCUGAACUGUUAAUUAAAAUUAAAUGCUAAUGACUAA